AGUCUGCCUCAGGUGCAGGCCUGUGCUGUGGGUCUGUAUGAAACCUCACGACUGCUCGCCUUUGUCGUGGUGCCCACAUCUGGAGACCACAAAGCAGCUUCGCCUCUCACAUCUGCGGAGCAGCAUGUGAAACAAACAGCCUCUGCCGGCCAUCGUGAAAACCCGCCCUCUGCUGUGCAGCACCGCCAGGAGGAGACGGGCGGCACAGAUGGAGAUCUGAGCAGACUCAUCCUGAACCAGCUGUCUCUACUGCUGCCUUCUUACAGCGUUCCCGACACGCUGCUGCUGGUCCCGGCCUUGUGUCUGACUCCUCAUGGAAAAGUAGACAUGGAGGCACUUAUGAAAAUAUACCAAAGACAGAGACAGCGUUUAGAGUCUUCACAGGGAGAUUUCACUAAAUUGAAGCAAACUCUGCAGACCAUGUGGCAGAAAACUCUCGGUCUUCCUGAAGAUGUGUCCAUCGCCGAGGAAUCCAACUUCCUGUUGAGUGGAGGAGAUUCUCUGAAGGCUCUACACCUGUGUGAAGACGUCCUCACUGCUGUUGGAGCGACCUCACAGGAGCUUCUGGAGGUCAUACUUGACGGGACCUUCUCCGAGGUUUUGCGCCAUGUUGUGAGCGUCACACUGACUCUGCCACUUGAGAACAGCCAGUCUGAGGCCAAAAAAAGGCAUGCUGACACUCCCUCUGUGGUGGCAGCAAAGAGAGAACGCACAGCAGCAGAGAAGCUGCAGGGGGAGAAAUGCACCUUCAAAGUUAUAAGACGAGCAGGUGAGGUGAUAGAAAUCAGAAAUCCAAACACAAAUGGAAACUUCAAGGAUGAUGCACUCGGUGAAAAGGACUCCAGUAAGAAGCUGGGAGGUGACGACCUGAGCCUCAGUCUGAGCUGGUCCUCAGAUACAGGCAGAUGUGUGGACGCCUCACCAGUGAUUCUAGUAAAACACAGAACAGAUCUGAGGUCAGAUGAGGGUGAAACAACAGUGUUCAUCGGCUCCCACUCUCACAGGAUCCAGGCUUUAAACCUGACUACAGGGAGCCUUCUGUGGGAGCGAGUCCUCGGGGACAGAAUUGAAGCCUCGGCUGCAGUGUCUCGCUGCGGGAGCCUCGUGAUCAUAGGUUGCUACAACGGCUGUGUGUAUUUCCUGUGUGCCACAUCUGGAGAGACACGGUGGAUGUUUGAGACAGGAGACGCUGUGAAGAGCUGUCCUGCUGUGGAUCCCCUCACAGGUCUGGUGAUAGUGGGCUCACAUGAUGGACACGUUUACGCCCUGGACCCAAAGGUGGGAAGAUUUGAAUGUAUUGUGUCCCUUGUCUUGAUUUGA